CUGCUUUUUGAAAAGCCACAAAAGUCACAAGGACCCGCGGGGAGUCUCCGAUCUCCAGCCUGAUUCCUCUUUUUCUUUUUUUCAGGGAGGCUCUUUAACUUCACAUCUUGUAGUGAAAUCAAGCGACAGGACCCGCACGCGAGGGAACAUAAGUCUCACUGAGGACAGUGACAUCUCGACAUUUCUAACGUCUGUUAACAACAACAACAACAACAAACAACAACGGAAUAAUUAAACACUAAUGCUCAACAAGGGCGGACUCAGAGAAGCUAACUUAAUGGAGCGAUACGACAACCUGGAUUUGGAGUUGGAGUGUGAAGGAGGAGGCGUAGCUCAAAAAGCAACGAUAUUUGGUGGAAUGUUUAAAAGAUCCUCCAAGUCUGCAGAACCAUCUGUCCAAACACAGGACAGUUUAUCAGCCAACAGUGAACUUUCGAAGAGCAACAGUAGUCUGACUGACAACAGUGCCAAGGAGAAAGGAGGUGUGUUUCAAGGGAUGUUUAAGAAGACGACCAAAGCUGCUAAAGAGGGCCAGCCGCAGGAUAACCUCUCAUUACAAAAUCCUGACCUGUCUGUCAGUAGUGACAGCUUAACAGACAACAAGUCAACAAAGGAAAAAUCAGGUGUGUUCAGUGGGAUACUGAAACGAUCUCCUAAACCAGGACAUGCCCGGAGGCCUUCACAGGAUCUUUUGGACAACGAGUUCACAGCCAGUAACGACAGUCUGUCUGAAAACACCACAACUAAAGAGACAGGAGGGAUGUUCAGUGGGAUGUUUAAAAAAUCAUCAAAGCCACUUGGAGCGAGGACUCAAUCUCAGGAUGAUUUGUCUGCACCCAGCGAGCUCUCAGGCAGCAACGACAAUCUUUCUGUGAAUAACAACACUAAGGAGUCAGGAGGGAUUUUCAGUGGGAUGUUUAAGAAAUCCCCAAAGCCUCUCGGAGCAACGACACAGUCUCAGGAUGAUUUGUCUGCACCCUGCGAGCUGUCAGGCAGCACUGACAAUCUCUCUGUGAAUAGCAACACUAAGGAGGCUGGAGGGAUUUUCAGUGGGAUGUUUAAAAAAUCCCCAAAGCCCUUUGGAGCAAGAACACAGUCUCAGGAUGAUUUAUCUGAACCCAGCGAGCUCUCAGGCAGCAAAGACAGUCUUUCUGAGAGUAACAACACUAAGGAGAAAGGAGGAAUCUUUAGAGGUGUGUUCAGAAAAAAAGGUGCCAAAUCUCAGUCUCAGGAUGAUUUGUCUGUGGGUGGAGAACUUUCUGCCAGCAGUGACAGUCUCAUAGAGAAGUCUUCAAAGGAUAAGGAAAAGACUGAACACUCAGGAGACUCAAGCGAGAAUACCUCUAGUACAGAGAAGCCCAAAGCCAAGCAGAACGGUUUCAGUGCGAUGAUGAAGAGCACGUUCUACACUGAGAAACAGGCGAAGAACUCUGAUUCUGACUGUGAGGAGAUAUUGGACAGUGGAGAGGGCCAGCCCAGUCAAAAACAGAGUAAGCUUGCUGAGACGAUGACAAAGCUGAAUCCAUUUCGAUCUGCAAACAAACACGAGAAGCUGCCAGGCUCAGACGACGAGGAUCCACCUGCAAGCAGCGAGAAGUCAUCGGGCAACAAACAGAGCACCAUGGUUGGAGCCAUGUCCAAACUGAAUCUGUUCCGAUCUGCAAAUAAAAAGGACACUGAAGACACAGAGACACUCAAGGAGGACGACAAAGUGGAAGAGAAACCGAAAGUGGUCAAAGGCAAUAUGAUCCAGCGAGAGAGGAAAGAAAGAAGUGAAACGCCACCAGUCCCACCCAGACCAACUGAAGAGGAGAUGAAGAGCAUAUCUACAUACAGCAAAGUAAAAGCAAGAGGAACUGAGGGUAAUCAGGGUAACAAGGACAUGAUCUCCAGAGAGAAAAAAGCUGAAGCUGCAGAAACUCCUGUAGUUCCUGCCAGACCUUCAGACGAGGAGCUGAACAGAACAGAGAGACGUGCUCUGCAAAAGCAGAGGAGCCACCAUCAGAACCAGUCAGAUGAUGAAGGCCUCAAAAAAGAAGAAUCUGCUGAAGCCAAGGGGAGAGAUGAGGCGAACCCUCCAGAGAGCAAAACAUCCAAGGUGAAAAAGCAUAAUCCGUUUAUGCCACGUGCUGCUGCCAAGGCUCCGUCUGAUGAUGAGGGGCUGAAAGAAGAAGAUGAUCCUUCAUCAAAAGAGGAGCAGAAAGACGAAGAGGGCAAAGACAAGACAGAGGAGGGAAAACUCAAGAAGCCCAAGAGACACAAUCCCUUCAUGCCUCGAGUCAAGGCUCCGUCUGAUGAUGAGGGGCUGAAAGAAGAAGGUGAUCCUUUAACCAAAGAGGAGCAGAAAGACGAGGAGGGCAAAGACAAGACAGAGGAGACAAAAGUCAAGAAGCCUAAGAAACACAAUCCCUUCAUGCCUCGAGUCAAGGGCAAAGUUGUAAAGAAGCCUGCACAGGACGGAGCUGCAGGCAACACAGCCGAGAAUGAAGGUGGAAACAGGUCCUUGUUUGACCAGCUGGAAGACUUCCGUAUUGGCCCAGCACAGCCUGAAGACAGACAGGAUGUGGAGGAUCUUAUGGAGUGGUGGAACACAGUGGAGGUUUGGGAAGACACGCCGCAAGAUGAGGACAUGACAGAAAAAGAAGAGGCAAAGGCGUUUGCUGUGACGGCAGAGAAGGUGCAGAAGGGCAUCCGCGUCUUCAACAAACUGUUCUCGGAGCGCGCUGAGAGCCUCUGGCAGCACGUCAUCGACCUCAACAGCAUCGCCGACGGCCUGGACAAGUUCAGCAAAAACACAAAGAUCGCUCAAAUCACCGGCGGCUCCACCAGCGCCAUCGGGGGCGUGGCCACCAUCGCCGGCCUUGCACUGGCACCGGUCACCAUGGGAACCUCCUUGAUUGUGACGGCGGUGGGAUUGGGUGUCGCCACGGCGGGCGGUCUGACGUCGGCAGGUGCCGGCAUCUCCAACCAGGUCAACAACUCGAUGGACCGCAAGAAGGUGGAGAAGAUCGUCCAGGAUUAUCAGGAGAAGAUGGUCGACCUCAACAAGUGCCUGAAAUUCAUCAAGCAGGGUAUCGAGAACCUGAAGAAGUUCGACCUGAUGAAGAUGAAAGAACACGCCUACAACCGUGACUUCCCCGUGCUCAGUAGUAGUUUCUACGAGGACGGUGCCAUGGCAGGAAAGGCGAUCCUCAUCAACGCAAAUGAGAUCAUGCGUGUGGUGCAGAUCGCCAACGUGGCGGGCAGCACGGCGGCCAGAGCGGUCCAGAUCGCCAGCAUGGCCACGGGUGUACUCACUGGACUCUUCGUAGGUAUGGACAUCUACUUCGUGGCCAAAGACUCCAAAGAACUCAAGAAAGGGGCUAAGUCAGAGUUUGCCGCCAAAAUCAGGGAGGUUGCUACGCAGCUGCACGAGGGUCUGGUGGAGCUCAACACGAUACGAGAGGAGCUGCAGUCCACUGCACCAGAAAGCACGGGCGCAGACAAUGAGUCAGCUGCUUUGGACAGUGACAAGAAAGAGAAAGAUAACAAAUAUGACAGUUCGGAUGAAGAUGAAAUCGACCGCAUUAAAAAAGCCAUCAAAAAGGACAUUGAGAACCGAGAAUAUGUUUGACUGAAACCGGAAACGUUUAUUAUCAAGAUUUCAAUAGGAAGUCAGUUUCUCAGUUCCCCCAUUUUAAGUGUUUUUGAAUGUACUGGCUCAAAACUUCAGCGUACUGCUGCACUGUUAGCAUCCAGGAGGUGGUUGGUGCCAAUUUCUUAAAAUGGAAAGCUAAAAUCCGGCUGAUUUUGAACGCACAAAGAGGAGACUCUUACUGGAUACACUAAAACGUCUGGACUUUCCUUUGAGGGACCUGACUUCUUGAAUCUAAACAGCAUUUAAACUACACUACUACCUGUGAAACUGCCAUGUUAUGUCUAAGGAAAUGAAAUUCACAUAUUUAACUAACUCUUGUAUUCAGUUAUUCUAGAUUAAUUAAAGAAAUAAGUGCAUUAUUUUCUAGACUUUAUAAUUCAGACUUUAACAUGUUGCUUAGAGUUUGAUAUUAAAAGACAAGGACCAGGUGUAUAGAUUAUGCAUACUCUUCGGGAUUAGUGCCUUUAUUAUUUAUGAUGCAGUAGGAAAAACAGCUUAAUGCAACACAGCAUUAGUCUGUUUCCUUGUGUUGUUUUAUUUGGGUGUCAGGGCUGCAACAAAACCACUUCCCCAUUUGAGGUUUUGAUGUGGAUGUUUUACGAGGCUUGUUUAGCUUGAUGAUGUUGAUCUUAGAAUGGUAGUACCAAGCUUUGUUUUUAGAUGUUUUUAGAAAAGAGCGAGAGGAAUAAAAUGACAAAAUCAUGGUGAGAGAGAACCAGGAUGGGGUUGCACCAGCUGUUCGGAAGAUCUCGCUAGCUGCUACCUAAUUUCAGACUAGUGUUUUAAAUGAAUGUCUGAUCUACUAAAGCUUAGUAAUGUGUGAAUCAGUUUUUGGGAAACAUCUGUAGUGUCAGAAGUGUGUAAACAGGAAGCCACAAGCUGCAACACAACUUCCAAACAUGACCAAAGUCAUUUGGUCAUUUUUUGUAAUUUGUUGUUUACUGUGUUUUUUCCUAAUUACAUGGUAUUUAAACAGCAUUUUGAUCAAGUGUCAGGUCACAUAUGUCAACCAUAUUUCAUAGCUGGCUAAUGUUAGCUUUGACAGGUGGUUCUGUACAUUUACACCUGGCAGCUUAAAUAUUUAGUAGCACCUAACUUGAUUUGAGAAGCAACUUGUUUUCAUGUAGCGAUGGGAAAAUCUCCACUCAGUUAACACUUAGAAGUGCGAGAGUAAGUUAUAACUUAUGAACGUGUGGUGCAACGGCUCCACGGGGAAGACACAAACACAAAAACCUGUCUGAGGUGGACUUGUAGAGCUAAUGGCUAAAGACCCCUUAAAGUUUAUCCACCAGCCUGGACUGUGUCCGCCUGUCCUAAAAAGAACUGUUUGCUAUUUCUUUUACUCAAGGCAUUCUUUUUUAAUAGACUAUUAUCUCAAAGUCAGUGUUUGAUAUGUGAUUUUACUGCAAGCUCCACUCAUGUCAGCUCUGUUUAAUGAACUUAAUAUUUAUUUUCCAGUGGGUGUUGUUCAUUCAAUGAUACCUUUUUAUGUGCAAUAUGUUGUAGAACUCUAUGUGUAAUAAAUGUAAAUGUAAAAUUGAUAAUUAAAGGUCAGAAGAACA